AUACUCUUUUGUGGAUACAGGAGCUUCACGGGAGUCACCCAUCGCGCAUGUUUUCGGUUCUCCACGAUGUGUCCAUCAGGGUCAGUUGUGCGGACUCUUUUUCUUCUAUAUAAAUUUAAAAAAAAAAAAAGACCAUCUACGGUCGCGCCCCCCCCACCCCCCUCGUGACCCGCGCAGUUCUGCGAUCCGAUCCUGGCGACGGUCGCUACAAUGGCGGCGGAGACGGCGUCUCAUCUCAGUCCGGCGGCGCCCAGGCCGCGGUGUCCGUGGUUCCCUACAUCAUGAAGGCGCAGGGCCAGUCGGGGUGGGGCUCGACGCCUCUGACCACCGUGUUCCGCCAUGUGCGGUACGAGAACCUGGUGGCGGGCGUGAGCGGCGGCGUCCUCUCCAACCUGGUGCUGCACCCGCUGGACCUCGUGAAGAUCCGCUUCGCUGUGAGUGACGGACUGGAGCUGAGACCCAAGUAUAACGGGGUCUUGCACUGUUUGACCUCGAUUUGGAAGAUGGACGGAAUACGAGGCCUUUAUCAAGGAGUAACUCCCAACGUGUGGGGUGCGGGCUUAUCUUGGGGACUCUACUUUUUCUUCUACAAUGCCAUUAAAUCCUACAAGACCGAGGGCAGAACGGAACGGCUCAAGGCAACAGAAUACCUGACCUCAGCUGCCCAGGCUGGGGCCAUGACUCUGUGUAUCACCAACCCGUUGUGGGUCACAAAGACUCGACUGAUGCUACAGUAUGAUGACAGCCCUGCAGAGAGGCGCUACACGGGAAUGAUAGACACACUGGUAAAGAUAUAUAAAUUUGAAGGGUUUCGUGGAUUGUACAAGGGAUUUGUGCCUGGCCUGUUGGGAACCUCACAUGGGGCCCUUCAGUUCAUGGCAUAUGAACUGCUCAAAGUGAAGUAUAAUAAACAUAUCAAUAGAUUACCUGAUGCACAGUUGAGCACAGUAGAGUAUGUUUCUACUGCAGCAUUGUCAAAAAUAUUUGCUGUGUCAGCAACGUACCCUUAUCAAGUAGUGAGAGCCCGACUUCAAGAUCAACACAUUUAUUACCAGGGUGUAUUUCAUGUGAUCAGGAGGACAUGGAAAAAAGAAGGCAUUCAUGGAUUUUACAAAGGAAUUGUCCCUAAUUUGAUGACAGUGACACCAGCCUGUUGUAUUACUUUUGUAGUUUAUGAAAAUGUCUCUCAAUUUUUAUUUGACCUUGGAGAAAGAAGAAAGUAAAUUUAAAGAAGAUAAUACAAAAAUAUCCACUACAGCAGUAACAACAUACCCCUUAGUGCUUGAAGUACCACAUGUGGAAGAAAUAGUAUACAGCAACCUUACUCAUGAUUGCAAUCAACUUUUAGUUGUUGGAAAAAGUCAAAAGAACUGAUGAAUUCUCACAAGUUUUCUGCUUUUGCUUUUUCAGUUAUCCAUGUGACUUGGCUGCCUGUGCCUAGAAUAGCUGCCAUCAAAAUAAUAUUAAAAUUGACAUGAAGUGUAUAGCUCAGUGAAUUUGUCCAUUUCGUUAUUCAAAUAGAAGCAGAUUUUGCAACAUUUUUCUGGUAGAUUAGAUGGAUUUGCCUUUCUUGCUAAAGUGAAUUGUGUAGAUUGUUUUUU